AUUUGUUGUGUUCAUUAUGUGACUUUGUGGCUGUGGUAACCCCAGUGCGCCCCUGCUGCUGGGCUGUGAUUGGAGGGAAACCCCGUGGACUCGACAUUCACACCGGUUGUAACGUCGCUUAGCGAGCCGCACCGACAACACCACUAGCCCUUCGCACUCAGUCCUGAGUAGCCAUGGUUGACAAGAGCGAGGUGGUUCAGAAGGAGCUGGUCCAGAAGGCCAAGCUGGCGGAGCAGGCCGAGCGCUACGACGACAUGGCGGCCUCCAUGAAGGCAGUGACGGAGGAAGGCACCCAGUUGUCCAACGAGGAGCGGAACCUCCUCUCUGUGGCCUAUAAGAACGUGGUGGGCGCUCGGCGUUCCUCCUGGAGGGUGGUGUCCAGCAUCGAGCAGAAGACUGAGGGCAGCGAGAAGAAGCAGGCCAUGGCCAAGGAGUACAGGGAGAAGAUAGAGAAGGAACUGAAGGAGAUCUGUAACGAUGUGCUGGGUCUUCUGAACCAGUUCCUCAUCCCCAAUGCUACUCCGGCCGAGAGCAAAGUGUUCUAUUUGAAAAUGAAAGGAGAUUACUACCGCUACUUAGCCGAGGUGGCGGUUGGAGAGGAGAAAGCCGCCAUCAUUGGUAACUCCCAGGAGGCCUAUAAGGAUGCGUUUGAGAUCAGCAAGAAGGACAUGCAACCCACCCACCCGAUUCGUCUGGGCCUGGCUCUCAACUUCUCUGUCUUCUACUACGAGAUCCUCAACUCCCCCGAGCAGGCCUGCAAACUGGCCAAGACGGCUUUCGACGACGCUAUUGCAGAGCUGGAUUCCCUGAGUGAAGAUUCCUACAAAGACAGCACCUUGAUCAUGCAGCUACUGAGAGACAACUUGACACUGUGGACCUCAGACAACCAGGGAGAUGGAGAGGAUGCUGAGGAGGGUAGAGACUGACCUGGUUCCUGUUCCCUGGUCUGUCUGUCUGACUGACUGUCAUCAUCCUCUAUCUAUCAACACUGAGACAGACAGACUGACCACCUCAUCCUGCCCAACGCUUCUCUUUAGUUCUGUCUGGCACGUCGUCUCACACCUCCAUACGUUUACUCUUCUUUCGGGAAUCAUUGUGGGAGGGGUUUCAUUCCAGGACUUGGC